CAGUCAGACGUCACAGCCACACAGAACAAGCGAGAAACCACUGUACGCGCGCCCACAGAUCAGAGAGAGGAAGAGAAAGAGAGAGAUAAGAGGGAGAGGGAUCGGCAUCCGUGUGAUUCAUCCUUCAUCAUGAGGCCGAUAAGGGAAGGCGAGGCGCUGGUGGGGGUCGCUGGGGCCCCGGCGGCGGCUGCGGCCGGCCACGGCGCGCACCCGGGGCUGUGGAGGACGCCGACGCCGUACCUCUUCCUCGGCUUCGCGCUCAUGAUGGGGCUCAUCGCCGUGGCGCUGCUCGUGCUCGUCUGCACGCGCCGCAAGCCGUCCGGGUCGUCGCGCCGGGGGAGCGCCGGCGAGGACGCGUCGGCGCGCGGGAUGGCGCCGCUCGACCGGGAGCCCAAGGUCGUCGUCAUCAUGGCCGGCGACGACUUGCCGUCCUUCCUCGCCAGCGCAAGGCCGUUCGCGUUCCCUGUUGCCGUGAACGCCACCGACUCCGGCGAGCAGCGGCAGGAGGACGCGGCGUAGGCGCGACGCCCGCACGCCCGCCCGUGUGACCGCGGGACCAAUUUUGGCCUCUAGGAUUCCCCCUGCGUGAUCUGUCCGUAGAAUCUACUCAAUUAGCAGAGAAGAUAGAGCUGUAGUGGUUUACGUUUCUUGGCGAGGUGAGGUGAGCGGCGCGCAUGGCGUGAGCGCGCCGGCGGCGUAUGUUGAGAUCUGUGAAUGCGAAAGCGAAUGGAAUUUUGGCUUGCAUCCUCAUUCAAUAAAUGCAUGAUGCUUGCUUGGCUGCUCCCCAA